AUGUCCAAUAACGGUGCUCCUGACUCUUGGGAAAGUGAAGCCGAAGUCAUAGGUGAACAAGGUGCAAAAGAUCCCGAUGAUGUGUCUACAAAAUUUUCCACGUUGAAUGUAAAUGCCGUGGAGUUCGUGCCUUCUUUUUGUAAGCCUUCUCAGGCUAGCGACAAUUCUGAAUCACCUACUACACCACAAAAAUCUGAAAGCAGUUCUACAAAUUCUGCAGAGAGUCCUGUUCCGAACGGUUGUGGUGACGGUGGUGACAGUGGAGAUGGUGGUGCAGCAUCAGCAUCACCCCGGGUAGAGGAACCUCCGCCUGUACCACCUGCAGCAGCUCCAGUGCCUGCAGCACUUCCAAUCCCAGCCGAUUCCUCUCCCACAAUUGACAGUUGGGAUGCUGAAGCAGAUGAUGCACUUUUGACACCAGAAGAAAAUAUUGAACCAGAAGAAGAAGAAACGGAGCAACAGGAGGAUGGAGAAGCUGCAAAAAAAAUUCCUAAAAAGAAACCACCCAGGAUAGAGGACACUCGAAGCAAGAAAGAACAUGUGAAUGUUGUAUUUAUAGGACAUGUUGAUGCUGGUAAAUCAACAAUUGGUGGUCAAAUUAUGUCUUUGACAGGCAUGGUGGACAAAAGAACAUUGGAAAAAUAUGAAAGAGAAGCUAGAGAAAAGUCAAGAGAAUCAUGGUACUUGUCUUGGGCGCUUGAUACAAACCAAGAAGAACGCGAUAAGGGAAAGACGGUUGAAGUGGGUAGAGCAUAUUUUGAGACUGAAAAGAAGCAUUUUACAAUACUAGAUGCACCUGGGCACAAGAGCUUUGUUCCAAAUAUGAUUGGUGGUGCGGCACAGGCUGAUUUGGCUGUAUUGGUUAUUUCUGCACGUAAAGGAGAAUUUGAGACUGGUUUUGACAGAGGAGGUCAAACCAGAGAACAUGCUAUGUUGGCAAAGACAGCAGGAGUUAAGCACCUUGUAGCACUUGUAAAUAAAAUGGAUGACCCCACUGUAAACUGGGAUGAGAAAAGAUACAAUGAAUGCAGAGACAAGAUUUUACCUUAUCUUAAAAAACUUGGUUUUAACCCAGCAAAGGAUCUUUCCUUUUUACCAGUGUCAGGUCAGACAGGGCAAGGCUUACUAGAAAGAGUGUCAGAAGAUAUAUGUUCAUGGUACCGUGGUCCAUCAUUCAUCCAAUUGAUUGAUGAGUUGCCAUCACUAAAUCGCAAAAUGGAUGGGCCUUUUAUUAUGCCUGUCGUGGACAAGUACAAGGAUAUGGGUACUGUUCUCAUGGGUAAAGUGGAAGCAGGCACAACUCGCAAGGGCAGCACCCUCUUUCUUAUGCCUAAUAGGGUACAAGUGAUAGUGGAUCAGCUUUGGUCAGAUGAUAUUGAAGUAACAUCGAUUGGUCCUGGAGAGAAUGUAAAAGUCAAGCUUAAAGGAAUUGAAGAAGAGGAUGUUUCACCUGGUUUCGUAUUAUGUGACACUGUAGAGCCUAUUACUACUGGAAGAGUAUUUGAUGCUCAAGUCGUCAUUUUAGAGCACAAAUCCAUUAUUUGUGCAGGAUACUCGGCUGUUAUGCACAUACAUUGUGCUGCUGAAGAGGUUACUGUUAAGGCUCUAAUCUGUUUGGUAGACAAGAAGACUGGUGAGAAAUCGAAGACACGACCGCGUUUCGUGAAGCAAGACCAAGUAGCAAUUAUGAGGAUAGAAUGUGCUGGAAUCAUUUGUCUAGAACCAUUUAAAAAAUUUGCUCAAAUGGGCAGAUUCACAUUAAGAGAUGAAAAUAAAACAAUUGCGAUUGGCAAAGUCUUGAAAGUGAUAGAGUAA